UUCCAUUACCAGGUAUCAUUCUCACGCCUGUCUUCGUGGGUUCAUUCUCUUCACGAACACAUUCACGGAGACAGAGAGAGAAAACUCAUGGUCGCGCCUGGUUUCUCUUCCUCUCUUUGUUUCACUUUGUCUAUGAUUCUUCAUUUAUCAUGUGCAUACCGUGUGACCCCGUUCAAAGGUGUUGACAUAGAGAAUCCUGCAGUAGAUGUCACCCCAUAUCCCCUUGCCGGUGUUCCUGGGUCCAAAGAUGUUAUAUCAUGCGAAAGAGUUCAGGUUUCCGGAUACUCAAGGUUGAAACUUGGGAGUUAUGCUAAUUCCUUUCGGGUCACUUUGGCACCUUCUGUGACAAUCCCUGAGAGAUUACCUAGUAAAAUGCAGGUUUGCUUUCACCGGAAUGCUUCCCUUGCAUUAUGUCAGUGUGAAAAGGAUGAGUGGAAAGCUAUUCAGAAGGGGGAAGUUUGGAGCUCUGUCAUGUCUCCAUAUGAGGAGAGAUACAUUGAUGUGAAGUUUGUUGGUAGAGUCUCAUGUUCUGUUUCAGUUGCGGUUGAAGAAAAUUUUCAGAGAUGGCGUCUCCUUUUUCUAGCGGCUGGAUUUAUUCUGCUGCUGUUAGCACCAAUUGUCAGCAACUGGGUUCCUUUUUACUAUAGCAGUUUAAUGGCUAUAGGAGUUUUUCUUCUCAUUACAAUCCUUCUCUUUCAGGGAAUGAAACUGUUGCUGACUGGAAGGAAGAAUGUCUUGUAUCUUACUAUAUGUGGAUCAGUGCUUGGUGCUGGAUCUUUUCUUUUACAUCAAUUCUCAGUGCUGGUGAAUUCGAUUCUUGUCAAUUUUGGACUAAGUGAGGAGAUGCACAAUCCGGUCUCUAUAUUCCUACUAGUUGGAAUUGUACUUACAGGAGCUGCUUUAGGGUACUGGAUCGUAAGGAAAUUUGUGAUUUCAAAAGAUGGAACUGUUGAUGUUGGUGUAGCUCAAUUUGUUAAAUGGGCAAUCCGCAUCAUUGCAAGCCCUUUUAUUUUCCAGGUUUGAAACUGUAUUCACGUUGGUUGUUAUGAUGAAUUAGUAGAUUCUCUGCCUCUUAUUCUGCUUAUAUGUACUCUUCCAAGCUUGAGAAUAAUAAUUUGAGUUGACAUUCAACGACUCUGUUUUUUCUUUAUUUUGAAGGAUUUGGAAAGUUGUAGUGGCCUUUCUUU